AUGCCUGGGGAACUCCACCAGAGUUUAGUGGGUGCGUGCCACGAAUUUGCAGCGAACAUCAAAAGAAGGGUCCUCGAAAAGGGCUGGAAACUACCAAGUGGCUCUGAAGUGAAGCUUGUCAAGGGUGGUGGUCAGAUGACAGUAUGGUCAAAUGAUAACAAAUACUCAAGAGAUCCUGACAUGUCAAUGAAAGUCGUCGACGGCACACAAAUUAAGCCUUUCUUUAUUUUUGAAGUUGCUGUAUCCCAGACUGAAGAUGACCUGAUGAAGAAGGCACACCACUACCUCAAUGGAUCUCAUGGCGAUAUCACUCUGAUCUGCCUGAUAAUUGCCAAAUCUGACCCCGUUGUCGAUCGCAAACUUGACCUACAGGAUGUGAGUGUGAGGAUUUUUAUUGCUAGGAUUGGUCGAUCUUCUCCAACAGCAAGUGGGACUUGGAAGCCAGAGCUAUUUGUCAUGUAUGACGCGACGAAGCGAGUGGAUGCAGAUAAAGCAAACCGGCCUACAUUUUCCGGCCAUAUAACGAUCUCGAAGCAGGACAUCUGGGCCAAGCGAGGUGUGGUACUGCCGCCAGGGGAUUCCAUCGAUAUCCCAUUGGACUUAUUUAGCAGCGAGAUCGAAGACGCCGUCCAGUCCCACCUUGACGAUCAGUACGUUUUGGCCGCUACUUCUCCUGCCUCGAAUCAAAGCGACCUUACAACGGAGUCAAGCGAAGGAUCGUCGGCAGGUAAGUCAUCGGCUUCAGGCGGAGAUGACAAGGGGAAGGACUCGGACUAUGAGCAGUCAAGCCCUCCGAGCGAAGAAUCAGAUGAUUGA